AUGGUGCAUCUUACGCUUGAGCCCACAAAAUGGGCUGAUGCCAUAGAAUCGUCCCCCGAAUCUCUUUUUUCUCAUGAGUCAGCAAAAAAUGUUGAAACUGUAUUGUCUAAGGCAUCUACUAGAAGGCACCAAAAGGCGUUACUGAAGGCAGUUGAACCCUUUAUGGAAAAAAUGAUUGAAGACCCCGUCGGUAUAUCAAUUUUAAUUUCUCUUGUGAGCUAUGGUACAAUUGCAACUGUUGACGCUGUUACAGGAGUGGUUCUGCAUUCAUGUGAUAAAAUUCUUAAGUCUCAGAGUUCCCCAGGAAAGACCUGUGAUGGACCAUUAGGAACUUUACUUGAGCGUAUUGUUUACCGUGAAGAUUGUACUGAAGAGAAUAGAAUGAAUUUGGUCACCGCCUUAAAAACGCUUGAUCAUUCUUUGUUGAUGGGUAAUUCUGUACUACUAUUGGCCGUUGCCCGUUUAAUUAUAAUUGACAGAGAUUUUGCUUUGUCUAUCUGCUCUGACCCUAAUGCAAAAAAAUCGUUUCUUCAACUUGCUUCAUCGGGUUCAAAAAAGAAAGUUGUUCUGAGUUUCUGUGAGUUUCUACUUGCUGGUCUUGAAUCAAAAGAUCUGCAGCUAAUUGAUUUAUGUUCUAGCUUUGUAUUUACUGCUCUUUCAGAUUUAUUUGCGGUGAAUUCUAAUAUGCGUCCAAGCAAGGAGAUUACACUGCUUUUGGCUUCACAUGGAAACAAUUUUGUUCUUCAGGAAAUGACAAAGGCUAUGCUUUCCUGGUCAGAUAUAUGUGAUCGUGCAAAGACUGAAGACUACGCCAAGAUAUUGGCUUUUCUUUUGGCAAGGUUGCAUGAUGCAAAUGACGGAAUUCGAUUAAUUAAAAAAUUGUUUAAAACACAAAAUGAUGUUGAUGAAAAAUUGGCAUCAAGGAAGGUUUCUCAUCUUCAGUUGCUCGCUGCUGUUGCGGAAAAACCAGUGUACGUGGAGGCCCUGACAAAAGCACUGGGUAAUUCCCAAGAGAAAAAACUUAUUGGCGCAGUAGCACGAUACAGAAAUGCCACAAAACCAAGAGCACUCGCAACUAAAGAGGUUCUCCUUCAAAGACUUGAAAAAAUACGCACAGACUCAGGUAUCAAUAAUAAGACGAGUAACACACUAAAAAGAGGACGUGAGUAA